ACCGGCAAUGUGUCACUAGUCACUACAAUGCGUCUUUCAAGAGACAAAAAAAUAAAACAGUAAUAGUAGAUUUUAUAUGUAAAGAAAAUAAUGAGAGGACGGCAAGGCAGGCAAUUGCAAACAUAUGGGACCAUAUAAUUAAUAACUAUAGGUUUGUGCUGCAAAGGGUACCACACCUGUUAUCUCCGAGAACGAAAAACAGAUCAAAGCCUCAGCAUCCCUACAACCACCGUCCAUGGAUAACACAGUGGUGCUCUUCCCGUCCAGUGGCGUCGGCCACCUCGCGCCCAUGACCGAGUUCGCCAAGCUCCUAGUUUCCCACGGUCUCUCGGUCUCCAUCGUCGUCCUCCCACCUUUCUCCCCCUUCUCCACAGCAUCCUCCGUUAAUAACUUCAUCUCCGCCGUCACCUCCCACCCCUCCAUCACCUUCCACCAUCUCCCUCCAAUCCCAGUCUCCCACUCCCCUCUUCCAACUUCAAAACCCAGCCGUUCCCCCCUCUUACCCCUCUUCCUUUUCCUCCGCGCCGUAAACCCCUACCUCCGUGACCUCCUCCGCUCCAUCUCCCAAACAUCCAAGAUUCGCGCCAUUCUUCUCGACUUCUUCUGCACCGAGGCCUUACACGUCGCCGCUGAAAUCCAAAUCCCUGCUUACAUCUUCUCCGCCUCCAGCUCUUUCAUCAUCGCUUACUUUCUUUAUCUCCCCACACUAUACAACGAGAUAACAGAGCAUUUCCAAGACCUCGGAGAAACUCCCAUCCACUUCCCCGGUAUGCCACCAAUUCCGGCCUCACACUUGCCCUCCGCCGUGCAAAUGCAUGACGAUAUAUACCGAACAUACGUUAAUUAUUUAGCCCGCUUACCUGAAUCCAAAGGCAUCGUCAUCAACUCAUUCGAGUAUCUUGAAUCCAGAACACUGAAGACGAUAUCACAAGGUCUCUGCUUGCAAGGCAGAGUGACACCGCCAGUGCACUGCGUUGGGCCAUUGAUUACUGGAAGAGCAGCAGCAGAGAGACACGAUUGUUUGGCUUGGCUUGACAAGCAGCCUAAAGGGAGCGUCGUGUUCCUCUGCUUCGGGAGCAUGGGACGGUUCCCGGCGGAGCAAAUCAAGGAGAUCGCUAUAGGGCUGGAGAGAAGCGAGCAGAGGUUUCUAUGGGUGGUGCGAAGCCCACUGGACACCGAAAAUAUGUUUAGGAGUGCUGGUGAUGCAGAUCUUGACAGUCUUCUUCCUGCCGGGUUUGGGGAUCGAACGGAAGGGAGAGGAAUGGUGGUGAAGGAUUGGGCACCGCAAGUGGAGGUGCUGAACCACGAGGCCACGGGUGGCUUUGUGACGCACUGCGGAUGGAACUCGGUGCUGGAGGCGGUGUGCGCUGGAGUGGGGAUGAUAGCGUGGCCAUUGUAUGCUGAGCAGAAGAUGAACAAGGUGGUGUUGGUGGAGGAGAUGAAGCUGGCGGUGGAGAUGAAGGGUUAUGAUAAGGGAAUGGUGACGGCGAAGGAGGUGGAGACGCGCGUGAGGUGGUUUAUGGAGUCCGAUGGUGGGACGGAGCUGAGGGAGCGAGCUAAGGAGAUGAAGGAUCGCGCUGCGGCGGCUGUCAGUGAUGGAGGGUCAUCUCACGCCACUGUGGUCAAGCUCACCGGCGAGUGGAAAAAAGUUCUUGCUGACAUAGUUCAAAUUCAAUGUGGUUAAUUUAACAAUAAAGUGAUGGUUGUGUUCUUCAGUUAUAGUCUUAUAGAAAGUAGAAAUAAUUGAAAGGCUUAAAUCAAUUCAGUUUUUAUUGAUUUA